AGCCACAGCGAGGGGUUGUGUGUGUAGCAGCGAUGAAUGACUGGAGCUGAGCUCAGAUUUUCUCGCAGGAUAUGCGUUUGACAAGUGACUGCACAAUUGUAGUUCUCUCUUUUUUCUAAAAAAAAAAGUUUGUUUGGCCAAUUUCCUUUGUUUUCAACGGCGGGGACCUGCUGGAGUAUUGAGAAAAUGAAUACAAAUGAUGCCAAAGAUUAUCUUUCAAAACGAGAGAUCCCGCAGCUUUUCGAGAGCAUGCUGACUGGACUGAUGUAUCACCGGCCCGAGGACCCCUUAAUGUAUCUAGAGAACUGCCUGCAGAAAGCCCGGGAACUGGGCGGCCCUGAGCGUGUCCGCUGGGACACAUUCAUCAGCCCAGACCGCCGGCCACUGCCCCCCAUCAAUGGAGGACAAGGCAAGAAAACAGUCUCCAGAGCUGAUCCUGGGCCAGGCCCAGGCCCAGGCCCUUAUCGACGGUAUGACCGUCUUCCUCCCAUCCAGGCCCAGUUUUCCAUCGAGAGCGACUCCGACAUGACCGAAUCGUCUGGAUUAAUCCAGGAGUAUGAUGUCUUUGAUCCUUCCAAAUCCCGGCCGCAUAUCAUCUUUGUCAUUGGAGGACCAGGCAGUGGGAAAGGCACACAGUCCACGAAAAUGGCAUGUCGCUAUGGGUAUGUCUGCAUCUCCGUAGGGGAGAUCCUGCGCAACCAGCUGCUUCAUCAUGCGCCUAGUGACCGGAAGUGGGAACUCAUUGCACAGAUCAUCGCCAAUGGAGAGCUGGCACCUCAGGAGACCACCAUUGAGGAGCUGAAACACCAGUUCAUCAAGCAACAGGACGCCAAGGGCUUUAUUGUUGAUGGCUUCCCCCGAGAGAUUGCCCAAGCUUUCACCUUUGAAGAGCAGAUUGGAUCACCUGAUUUGGUGGUCCUACUUGCGUGCUCCAAUCAGCAACUCCGUCAGCGUCUGGAGAAACGAGCUGCCCAGCAGGGACGCCCUGAUGACAAUGCCCAUGCCAUUGAGAGACGGCUGGAAACCUUCAAACAAAACAUCAACCUCAUUGCCAAAUACUACCAAGAAAGAGCGCUCAUUGUGAGGAUUGAUGCUGAUCGGGAAGAGGAUGAUAUUUUUGCUGACAUAAGUGCAGUAGUGGAGGAGAGGCUGUUUCCCAAGGGCCUGGAGACUGAAGGAUACACUGACCCUGAUCUUCUGGAAGACAACGAAGAUGCAGAGCCCUCUAGUGCUAUGGUGGAGAUCGAAGGAUUUCAGAACACUGAACACAUCACCAUGGCAGAUAAACUGAAGGACAGCAAGAUCAUCUUUGUUGUCGGCGGUCCUGGUUCUGGGAAGGGCACCCAGUGCGAAAAGAUCGUGGCCAAGUAUGGCUACACUCACCUGUCCACCGGAGACCUGCUCAGGGCAGAGGUUGGCUCGGGGUCAGAGAGAGGCAAGAAGUUGUCUGCAAUCAUGGAGAAGGGAGAGCUGGUCCCCUUGGACACAGUUCUGGACAUGCUGAAAGACGCCAUGAUUGCCAAGGCCGAUGUCUCAAAGGGCUUCCUGAUUGAUGGCUACCCUCGGGAAGUCAAACAGGGAGAGGAGUUUGAGAAGAAGAUUGGGCCCCCUACCCUGCUGCUGUACGUCGAUGCAGGCGCAGACACCAUGGUGAAGAGGCUGCUGAAGCGUGGCGAGACCAGCGGGAGAGUCGACGACAACGAGGAGACCAUCAAGAAGCGCCUGGACACCUACUACAAGGCCACCGAGCCCGUCAUCGCCUUCUACGAGGGCCGUGGCAUUGUCAGAAAGAUACACGCAGAAGGCACUGUCGAUGAUGUCUUCAAGCAGGUGUGCACUGCUCUGGAUGCCUUGAAGUAAAUCAAGACAAACGGAAGAACUGACACCUCCAGGAGCAAUCAAACUGCUGAGUCGCGCUCAGUUCAGUAACAAACCCCUUAAGAGAUCUUGAAGAGAUCUGCCUUACUGUGUAUUCCUCUUCUCAUCUUUGCUGUUUUUUGUAGAUUUCAUCUUCUUGGAAACAUCCCUGUGAGGUAAACACGUGUAUAAAGUUGUUGUUUUUUUUAAUCCGAUCAUUUCUGGACUUUAAAUUAUUUGACUUGGGAGAGCUGCUUCACAAAGCCGAACAGUGCAACUGUGAAAGAAAAAGGAUGUAUAUUUCAGUUUGAAAAACCUUUGUAGUCACAUCACAUCAAACCAACCAACCCGGUCUGCUGCUCCGACUAAUAGUGCACAUUACAACAGGCACCUGUCCAUUUCUCACCACCCACGUUACCAUCAUUGUUGUUCUGUCGGUUUAUCUGUUUCUCAUUUUGUUGGUCUUCAUGUUUAUCUGAAAGUCGCACUGUUCUGCUGCCAUUAAAUAUCACCUUCAAUGAUGACCAAA